GUUAAAAGGAUGUACUAUUCUUUCAAUUGUUUAAUUUUACUACAGAUGUUUCUCAAAUAGUGAUGGCCUUUGUACGCUACUGGCUUGAGAGUGAAUUAACUAUUCUUUAAUGCGGUUAAUUUAUUUUAGUUAUCUAGGCAAGUCAGUWAAGAACAAAUUCUUAUUUACAAUGAUGACCUACAAUGUUAAGUAUGUUGUUUGGAUAGAAAAUAGGCAGGAUGGUUUAUUGUAAAAUAGUAAUAGUAUAACCUUUUGGUGUGAUUCACAAAGUUUUUAGUGGAUAAACUGAGUAUAGUGACUCCGGUUGCAUGCAUUGCCAAGUGGUAGUAGUUGUGUGGCCCUCUUGUGACGCGUGCGAUUUUUUUUGCAACCGGAUGAUGUGGUAACUAGCCACCUGACACGGUUGCUAGGGGCCAGCAUUGACAACACAGCGGUUUUGUAGCAUGUUAUGACCCUUACAAGUUGUCAAAAAUAGAACAAAGUAGCAAUUUAUUACUUAUUGUAAAUAAUUAGUUGGUACAUUGGGCUGGCUUGAUAUUCAGUUCUAAAACUUGGAAUUUAGCCUUAGAGAAAAAAUGUCGAACAUACUUUUAUCGGAGGUAGGCUGGGACGAGGGCUUUGCCAUCCCAGUUGCCAAUGCAGAAAAUAAAUGUUUGGAAGAUGAGCUUCAAAUGAAACAAAAUCAGAAGUUACAACUGGAGAACAAACUUGGUGGAUACAAGGAUAGAAUACAAGCCAUGGCUGAACACCUGAAAAAUGUUAGGCAGGAGUUAUCUCAAACUCAGGCUCUGUGCAAAGCCAGGGAGAAAGAGACUGAGUCGGAGAUGCAUUUCAAGGCCCUGGCGGAGAGAGAGGUGGGCCGCCUGCAUCAGGAGAUUACACAGCUCGACAACGAGCUUGGAGCUCUGAGGGAGAAGAAGAAUGCACAAGAGAACAACAUCUUCAAAGCCACCCAGAAGCUGGAAGAGCUGAAAAGCCAGCUGAAUUGGGACCAGCAGACCCUGGAUGCCUGGCUUGAGGAGUCGGCACACAAGGACGAGGACACCAUGGCCAUCAUCAAGUACGCCCAGCAGGACGAGAGCAGGAUACGGGAGCUCACCUUGUUGAUAGAGAAGAUGACGCUUGAGGCCAACCAAAAGCACAAGGCACUGGACAAUGAACUGACUGAGACCAUAUCAGCACAGAUUGGUCUGGAUAAGACAGCAGAAAACUUCCGCCAGGCUCACCUAGAGAGACAGGAGCUGAUCCACCAGUGGGAGAACACCAUCGAGCAGAUGAAGAAGAGAGACAGCGAGAUGCAGCAGUGUUCAAUGCUUCUCACCCAAGUCAACCAGGACAUCAGAGAGAAGAAUGGAGUGAUCAAGGAGAAGAAGACCUUCCUGGAGAGCGAGACGGAGAACAACAAGGAGUACGAGAAGAAGAUAGCCAUGGCCGACCGGCAGGCGGCCAAGCUGAGACGGGAGUUCCAGGAGCAGGAGAGUAACCGCACCAGACUACAGGACGAGUUGGAGAGUCUGAAAGGGACAGUGGACAGAGCAGCUACUGAUGUCGAGUCCAUGAGGUCCCAGCUAUCCAACAUGAAAAAGGACAUCCAGGACAAAAACAACAAGAUAAAGGGGGCCAAGCUUCAUAACACAGCCCUGGAGGAGAAGCUGAAGACAGUGACUGAGACGACCCUCAGCGUGGAGGAGAGGGCCGCUCAGAUGGAGCAAGUACUGAAGGAAGAGGAGCAAACUAUCAAAGACAUGGACGCCCAGCUGCACCGCCACCGCGAGGUGCUAUUCCGUGAGAGCCAGGAGGUACAGGCCCUGAGGUUGAAGGAGAAGGACUCCAUGGCCGUGCUCUCUGGGAGCCGGGUGGCCCUCUCCAACCUGGACAGCCGCCUCAGUAAACUGGACCAGAACUCCCUCAAGCAGCAGGAGAUCAUCUACAACCAGGACUUCCAGAUCCAGCUGCUGGAGAGGAAGAUGUUGCGUCUGCGUGGCGAGGUGAACACGGAGGAGAAGCAGGUCCUGGAGAAGAAGGCCCAAAAGCUGGCCCACAGGCUGGAGGAGAAGAAGAGGACGGCCACCAUGCUCACCACCCAACUCAAGAAGCUCCAGGAUGAUAUUCGCUGUGUGAGGAAAGAGGCGGAGAAGACAGGAGCUGAGAAGAGAGACCUAACCACCAAGAUCGAGGAGCUGCACCUGUUCAACCACAUCUCCGACAAGGAACUGAAGAAGCUCCGGCUCAAGAAGCAGGACACCAUGGUGGAGGACAACAUCCUGAAGCUGGAGAUCAAGCGUCUGCGUGACCUGCUGUACAACAAGGCGGACAGCGUGCUCUCGCUGGAGAAGCGGCGGCUGCAGCUGCAGACGGCCAUGAGGGAACGGGAGGAGGAGAUUAAAGCGCACCGGGAGAUGCUCAACAAGCAGGUCAAGAUCACUGACCAGGAGCGCCAAGGACUCAGUGCUGAGGUGCAUGAGAGACUGUCCAAGGUCGACAAGAUGAGGAAGCGCUAUGAGAUUAUGACUGUCUCGAUGGCUGCUCCCGAGGGAGAAGAGGAAAAAUCACAGGCUUAUUAUGUGAUCAAGGCUGCCCAAGAGAARGAGGAGCUCCAACGUGAGGGAGACGAUUUGGACGCCAAGAUCCGCAAGAUGGAGAAGGAGAUCCGAGCGCUGGAGAACACUCUCCACGUCGUCAACAGCCGCAACACAACCUAUCGCAAAUCCUUCAACAAAGUGACUGAGUCCAGUGAGGAGUAUCAGGAGAAACUGAAGCUGGAUGAGCAGAAGAGAGCCGUUGAGGAGAAGUACAAGUACAAGAGGAGGCAGAUCCGAGAACUGCAGGAGGACAUUCAGGGCAUGAACAAUACACUCGACAACCUGCUUCAAGAGGAGGCCGUUCAGAAUGUGAGGACUGAAGAGACCCAGUACGUAUCAUGUCUCUGCUCCAAACUGACCAAAGAGAUCCGGUCGGGCAAGAAGGCCAAGGAGGAGACGUUUGAGGAGAGGGACAUUGAGCUGAGGGAGCUGAAGGACUUCAAUAAGAAUAUCAACAAGAUGCUGCUGGUUGCCAUGGAGGAACAGCCUGACCUCAGAUCAGCUCUACACAUGUACUUUGUCCAGGCCAACUUGCCCCUGCCGUCUCCUGCCUCCACCCCUGCCAGCCGACAAAGCUCAAAGACUAACUCUGCUCGCAGCUCCGUCUCUCUCAGGUCAGCUGGGUCUUCAGCAAGUAGCAGCCCAAGGGCGGCGUCAGUGCAGUCUCCCCCUGUUAAGACUCUGGAGCUGGGCUUGGGGUUGUCUGUUACGUCCCCUCCUCUCACCUCUCCACGGGACUCCCAUCCACCCAGCUCCACCAGCAGCAGCGGCAGCAAGCGCCAGAGCCCAUAGAGAAACCCUACAAUAGGACAGCCUCACUUACAGCACCAGAAGGCUAAUGUGACUGUAGUGCCAUUAGGAAAGAGAAUGUGUGUCACUGUUCAAUGUGUACUGAACAACCGUUUGGUGAGUUGAUUGAUUUGCAUGUUUUUUUUCRUUUUUUGGCAGUGAUAUGAGAAAUACACUUAAAUAAUAUAUGAUUUACCUUUUUUUUUGAAAGGCACAUAUUCUCCAUUUGUCAGCUAACCUUUAUAGAAUUGUAUUGUAAAUGUGCAUAAAAAAUAUGUACUUUUUCUAAAUUAAGUUUUACUCCUGGCCAUGUGUUUCUGGAUAUAUCCCAAUAAAAUWGAUGGUUGCUUGUCAGAAUGAUCAAUUAGUUGAUAAUACACUUGUUUUGUUUAAAUGCCCAAUGUAGUCAAAAACGUGUUUUUUCUG